UGUUUACGUUUGGUUAAUUUUUGAGGUUAAGUUUGUAUUUUAAGUUAAGUUUGAAUUUCAUAGUUUUUGGUCUGUCCGCAUUUCCGUUGUAAUAAUUAUUAAAAUGGUACCUGAACGUUUGCAAGACUUUAAAUUAAAACCUUUGAAAUGCGAACUAAAUUUUCUUAGUAAAUCUGAUGGGUCGGCGAUUCUCUCACAAGGUGAUACAGUAGUGUUAGCAAGUGUAAAUGGCCCACUGGACAUCAAGACAACAAGCCAGAACAUAGAGAAAGCCACCCUUGAAGUACUGUUCUGCAGCAAGGAGGGUAAACCCUCAGUUGCUGAUAGGUUCAAAGAGAAUGUUAUUAGAAACACUUGUGAGACAGCAAUUCUCGGGUGUCUGUAUCCUCGCACUGGCAUCACUUUGACAAUACAAGAAUUGGAAAACUAUGGAGGGUUACUGACGUGUGCAGUGAACUGCGCGUGUCUCGCACUCAUCAACUCCGGCGUGGGCAUGCGCCACGUGGUGGCGGCUGUCAGCUGCGCAGUGAACGAGGUGGGCGAUCUGGUGCUCGAGCCCACGCAACAGGAAGCAGAGAGCGCGCGGGCUCUACUCUACUUCGUUUUCGACAGCCGCGAUAAGAACCUUGUUACUGGGUUCACGGAGGGCACUUUCAGUGAGGAUACAUACGAAGAGGCCCUGGUGCGGUGUCGACUCGCAAGCGACUUCGUGUUCCAAUUCUACCGAGAUGUGGUCAAGAAGUACUCCAACGUUAUCUGACCUAAACCUCGUCCCGCUGACAGUAGACACUGGGACUGGAUUUAAAAAAAAAAACUUUACUUUUUUAUCAUCAUCACUUUGUUUUUCAUCAUCAACCCAUUACGUUA